AGUGACUGGGUUUCUGACAUGGUACAUCAGAGCCAAAGGUCUUGGGUUCAACUCCCAGUGCCAGCGCUGCAGAGGCGCUCGUGUCUUCCACCUAUCCCAGCGGGGGGGGGGGGGGUGUUGAGUGACCCGCUGGGGUUGCCCUUGAGAUCCUCGGGGAAGGGCCACAGAUCGAAGGUGUCAGCAGACAAACCAAUUUGACGCUAGUGCUGAGCGACAGACAGCCAUCCAUAGCUCGAUCAUCUAUAGCUCGAUCGUCCGUAGCUCGAUCAUCCGUAGCUCGAUCGUCCGUAGCUCGAUCGUCCGUGGCUCGAUCGUCCGUAGCUCGAUCGUCCGUAGCUCGAUCGUCCGUAACUCGAUCACCCACAGCUCGAUCAUCAGCCAGACCCUGGGUGCUCUCAGAUUUCACCGCGUUGUCUUGCCAGCGAUACUCAUUUCACUCGCCCCAGUUCCCUUCAACAGAAGUUCUGUCGGGUCUUACUGCAGCGCAUUUGCGUAGAAUUCUGGCACGCUUCUCCUUUCUGGCUCGCAAGGGGCUCCUCGUGAUAGCUUAUUAUAACGGUCCUUGAAUGCCAUACAGUGUAUCGUGUGACCGUCGCCAAAACGUGUCUAUCGUCCUGGAAGUAUGUGCCCCCGGGCCCCGAUUCCGAACGCAGACUGUCCUGCUCAUGCCUUGGGCGCAUCCAAACUGUAGAGAGCGACCGAACGAAAUCUUUCCCAGACGGAGAUUCUGAGGCGACUCCGGGCCAAUAACGAACGUCCGCCACGCCAGUGCUGCCGCUGGAGAAGUAGCCGGCGUCACCGGAGCUCCUACGACGCUAGGCUGCCUUUUGGCUCUGACGGCGUCACCCCGCGGCCGAUAGUAAGCACAGGCGGCGGAAGGGUCACAGCAAGGGAGGCGGGCAGAGGUGCGCGCCAUGCCCUACACUCCUCAUUCCCUUCUCGACCCUGGUUGUGCUUGUGCUUCAAUGCACCACGCCGGCCACGGCAAGAGCUACUCUAAGGGAUGGGGGCGGAGAUUCUACUGCCAUGGCUCCCAAAAAAGGCCAUCCUGCCCGCGCAACGAGAGGCAAAGGUGGUAAAGCGGGAUCCGGAAAGCCGGCCACGACGGAAGGGGAGGAGUUUUCAGCCAGCAGCGUUGAGGUCGAGGAGAUAGGGGGCAGAGGAGAAGCUGGGGGAGAGAAAACGCACGUUCCUCGGAGCGAGGGGCAAGACGAUCCCCCGAGCGUCAUUUGUCUAUCGUCCGAUGACGACGAUGACGUCACCGUCGUUGAGAAGGCUCCUGGUGGAUCCAAGACGGGGACGGGUCUCGAGGCUGCAGCGGGAAAGGAGAACGUGCAAGUGUCGGAUACGGGCAACAUCAAGGCCCGUGGCGUAUUCUACGACAAGGAGUGGCUUUCUAUACAGGUGGAAGGCGUGGACAUGUACGAGUACUUGUGCGAGGACGAGAAGAUGUUCCGUCGGAACAUGACUGGUGAUCCCACUCUGAAGUUUUUGAGCAGUUUACCCCACCUUUCUGAGAGACCUGGCUGGGUGGUUACAGAAUCGAGCCAGCUGUCCGGGAGUGAGCUGGUGAGUCCGGAGAGGGGAAGCAGUGGAGAGCGCGAUGCUGCGGAAAGUACGGCAAGGGGAAGUGGCGGAGAGGCGAUUGUGGAGCCGCAUGGCCCGUAUGAGGUGGAGGGAGGGGGAAUGGCAGGAGGAUGGGCGAUAGGAGGAGAAGGCUGGGGAAGCGACGGAGAGGCGCUUUCAGAACAGCAUGACCCAGAUGUGGAGGUGGGGGAGGAGGGGGAGAAGGCUGGGGAAGCGGGGGAAGAAGCGGCGAAGGAGGAGGCGGACCCGUUGGGAGCCAAACCUGCAGUGGGGAGAACCUGCAGGGGGGCGGACACAUACCGAGCAGAAACGGCAGGGGAGGGAUGCCUCAAGGGGGGGAAUCCGCAGCAGGGGAAAACCCGCAGGUGGGGGGACUCGUAGGGAUCAGAACUCGCAGAGGGACCGUUUUGCAGGGGAGCAGACAGAUAGGGCGCAGAACCCGCAGGGUUGGAAAGCCUCAAGGG